CUAGAUAUCCUUUACUGAAGCAGCAGCAAUGCACUACUGGGAGCUAGCUGAGCACAUAAGACACGGCCAGAGCACGGAGAGAUAUCAGGUAUUGAUGUAACUGGAGUGAAUAAGGGAACCUUCUUCCUGAGCAUAUACAUUGGAGCCUGUUAUCAGCAUGAACUCAUAUGUGUUAGACAAACACCUGAAUAGUUCAUAUCCAUCCUUCACUACAGGAAGCAUCAGAAUUAUACCGCAAACUCUAAAAGUCUUAGACACCAAUGACUAUUCACAAACAUUGGGGAUAUCACAGCAGAUAUUUAAAGGAGAUGGUGAAUUGGCAGAAACUGGACAGCAAUCAUUAUGUACAGACAGUAAUUUAGUCAUCAAACAAGAGGACAACAGUUAUGCCUUAACUAGUGAAAUUAUUACCCCAGAGGAUAAACCACACACAUUUACUGAGUUUUCAAAACAUAUUAAAGUAGAGGAAAGUCUACAGUCUAGCCAAAUAAUUCAUACAAAGGAGAAAUGUUUCAAAUCUAAAGAAUGUGAGAAAAGCUUUAGACGGAAGUCUAUUCUACUAGAGCACUACAACAUUCACACAGGUGAGAAACCACACACAUUUACUGAGUGCGGCAAAUGUUUUUCACGAAUAGAUCAUCUGAAAAGUCAUAUAAAGAUUCACACAGGAGAAAAGCCUUUCACAUGUACAGAGUGUGGAAAAAGUUUUACACAAAAGAGUAAUCUGAAAACUCAUGAAAGGAUUCACACAGGAGAAAAGCCUUUCACGUGUAAAGAGUGUGGAAAAAGUUUUACAGUAAAGAGUAAUCUGAAAAUGCAUAAAAGGAUUCACACAGGGGAAAAUCCUUUCACAUGUACAGAGUGUGGAAAAUGUUUUAAACAAAAGAAUGUUCUCAAAUAUCAUGAAAGGGUUCACACAGGAGAAAAGCCUUUCACAUGUACAGAGUGUGGAAAAAGUUUUAAACAAAAGAAUGUUCUCAAAUAUCAUGAAAGGAUUCACACAAGAGAAAAGCCUUUCACAUGUACAGAGUGUGGAAAAAGUUUUACAGUAAAGAGUGAUCUGAAAAAGCAUGAAAGGAGUCACACAGGGGAAAAGCUUUUCACAUGUACAGAGUGUGGAAAAAGUGUUACAGAAAUGAGUCAUCUGAAAAUUCAUGAAAGGAUUCACAGAGGAGAAAAGCCUUUCACAUGUACAGAGUGUGGAAAAAGUUUUACACAAAAGAGUAAUCUGAAAAAGCAUGAAAGGAUUCACACAGGGGAAAAGCCUUUCACAUGUACAGAGUGUGGAAAAAGUUUUACACAAAAGAGUGAUCUGAAAAAGCAUGAAAGGAUUCACACAGGGGAAAAGCCUUUCACAUGUACAGAGUGUGGACAAAGUUUUACAGAAAUGAGUAAUCUGAAAAUUCAUGAAAGGAUUCACACAGGGGAAAAGCCUUUCACAUGUACAGAGUGUGGAAAAAGUUUUAAACAAAAGAAUGGUCUCAAAUAUCAUGAAAGGAUUCACACAGGGGAAAAGCCUUUCACAUGUACAGAGUGUGGAAAAUGUUUUACACAAAAGAAUGAGCUGAAAAUUCAUGAACGGAUUCACACAGGGGAAAAGCCUUUCACAUGUACAGAGUGUGGAAAAUGUUUUACAGAUAAGAGUAAUCUGAAAAAUCAUGAAAGGAUUCACACAGGAGAAAAGCCUUUCAGAUGUACAGAGUGUGGAAAAAAAUGUGAGAAAAGCUUUAGAUGGAAGUCUAUUCUACUAGAGCACUCCAAAAUUCACACAGGUGAGAAACCACACACAUUUACUGAGUGCGGCAAAUGUUUUACACAAAUAGAUCAUCUGAAAAGUCAUAGAAAGAUUUACACAGGAGAAAAGCCUUUCACAUGUACAGAGUGUGGAAAAAGUUUUACACAAAAGAGUAAUCUGAAACAUCAUGAAAGGAUUCACACAGGAGAAAAGCCUUUCACAUGUACAGAGUGUGGAAAAAGUUUUACACAAAAGAGUGAUCUGAAACAUCAUGAAAGGAUUCACACAGGAGAAAAGCCUUUCACAUGUACAGAGUGUGGAAAAAGUUUUACAGUAAUUAGUAGUCUAAAACAUCAUGAACGGAUUCACACAGGGGAAAAGCCUUUCACAUGUACAGAGUGUGGAAAAAGUUUUACAGUAAUUAGUAGUCUAAAACAUCAUGAACGGAUUCACACAGGGGAAAAGCCUUUCACAUGUACAGAGUGUGGAAAAAGUUGUACAAAAAAGAGUGCUCUGAAAAAGCAUGAAAGAAUUCACACAGGGGAAAAGCCUUUCACAUGUACAGAGUGUGGAAAAAGUUUUACACAAAAGAUUGAGCUGAAAACUCAUGAACGGAUUCACACAGGGGAAAAGCCUUUCACAUGUACAGAGUGUGGGAAAUGUUUUAAACAAAAGAGUAAUCUGAAAACUCAUGAAAGGAUUCACACAGGAGAAAAGCCUUUCACAUGUACAGAGUGUGGAAAAAGUUUUAGAGACAUGAGUAAUCUAAAAAAUCAUGAAAGGAUUCACACAGGAGAAAAGCCUUUCAGAUGUACAGAGUGUGGAAAAAGUUUUAAACAAAUGAAUAGUCUGAAAUAUCAUGAAAGGAUUCACAAGGGCAGAAACCUUUAACAUGUUUACAAAGUAGGGUUGCUUCCCUUUGCACAGCCGAUUCCCUAACACUUUGCAAAUGGGCGUGGUUGAGGAUGUGGUUAGGGGUUUUGCUUAGGAGAAAAAAUUCUCUUUGGGAAAGAGAAUAAUGUACUAUGCGCCAACUAGAAGAAGCUAAAUUAGUAACCAAGAUGACAAUAGAGGUUAUCUAAUGUGCAUAUGCAAAAUAAUUUGUGUAAAAAAUAAGUGAGUAAGAAAUUACAAAGUCAGGUGAUUCAAAAGAUGUGUGUGGUAUUUGUGACGCACCUUGCGUGACUAAACACGUGUAAUUAAUAAACCCUAAAAAGAACACUAAAAAUAAGUAAUGUUAUAAGAAAAUGAUUUCACAACUGUAUCUGGCCAUACAAAAGUUUAGAUACAACUCCAAAACCCCACAUUGCUUUUAAGUACAAUUUUAUCUGAAAAGAUAACCCUCAUGAUAGCACAGGCUCUUUUAAAUGAAUGCAUACCAAUAUAUAUUUCAGCUAUAAACACGUUUAUUAGAACAUUAUGUACAGCUACCAGAAUCUGUGUAGCCAAAUACUGGAAUGUGAGGGUACCUACUUGGCCUGAGAUCAUGGAGAAAAUUAGAACUAUAUACACCAUGUCAGAGCGUGCCUCAUGGAUUCAUGGCACGAAUGACAAUUUUCAUAAGAUAUAGUUCUAUUGGAAUAUGAAGGAGUCGGACAUCCAGAGAGAGUAGUGAGGAGUUUAGGCUCCCCUAGAAAUCAGACCUCAGAGGGGUUGGGAUUGGGACUAAGGUGAAUAUUGAUUUGGCUACCCCCAGUGCUGCUCGACAAAUGCUUUUUCAUAAGGUAAUUCUACUGCUACUACUUCCUACAAUAUGUAAACAUAUAUGAAUAUUGCAGGCAAGCUUAUGGUUUAGGCAUUUUUAGUAUAAGUUAAUCAGAGAGUGGGUGGAGAUAUUGAUUCAGACAGCUUGUACCUGCUUGCCUGGUGUCGUGUGUUAUAAUGCAGUAUGAUUAUAGGUCAGUGUUACUCUCAUUGACAAGGUGAAUACCUGUUGUUCAGUGUCAUUAAGGAUCAAAAUCAUUUAUUGGAGCAUUGGUGCUAAUUCACGUGUGACCAACAAAAAGACGACUGAGAAGAACCAAACCUCAGAGAUCUACUGUACAUGCUGUCUGGGGAGUUUAUACCAAGACAGAAAAAGUACUCCAAGAGGCUAACCACUAAUCUACAGGAAGCGCAAGGGAUACAUUCACCAUCAGAAACACAUCCCUGCAUACUCCAGGAGGCUAACGAAUACCGAAAUAGGCAUCUCAUCUGGAUACAAGGAGGAGAUCCAACUAUCUACAUAUACCCCCAGUGCGGCAUACUUACCUCAUUAGAUUGGGGUAAUAUCUGGUAAGGGUAUUAUAUACCAUCUAUUACUUCAUAUCAACUAUAAGUUGGAGAUUUACCACGGACAAUAUACAUUUUAAGGACUCAUAUGAACUACUUUGUUUAAUGUUUUUUCAUUCACAUUCUUGUACAUACCCGAUACCCUAGUGGAUAUAUAGGCGCUGUAUAAAUCCUUGUACCUUUACUCUUACUGUCUGGGGCCACACAUCUCAACCAGUACUUGUUCCAUAUAGCUGCCACUAUAUCCUACCCAUUACCGACUAGCGCCUACUAUAGAGUAACACUUGUAUCUACUCAGUACUCUGAGUGGACACAUUUUACUUGCUCCUUCAUAUAUAUAUAUAUAUAUAUAUAUAUAUAAAUACUGCUCCUUCAACAAAUGAUACCAAGAGAAUGACGCAAAUUUGAUAAUUGAACUGGAAAGUUGCUUAAAAAUUGUAUGUUCUACCUAAAUCAUGAAUAAAAAUGUUUGUGUUUCAGGUC